AUCGACAGUUUCCUGAAUAAGCUAGAGAGUCGCUUGGGUUGCAAAGAUGUUGGAAGAAGAUAUGGAGGUGGCCAUCAAGGUGGUGGUAGUAGGAAAUGGAGCUGUUGGAAAGUCCAGUAUGAUUCAGCGAUACUGCAAGGGGAUUUUUACAAAAGACUACAAGAAAACUAUUGGUGUAGAUUUCCUGGAAAGACAAAUCCAAGUUAAUGAUGAAGAUGUCAGGCUAAUGUUAUGGGACACUGCGGGUCAAGAAGAAUUUGAUGCAAUAACUAAGGCCUACUAUAGAGGAGCCCAGGCUUGUGUUCUUGUGUUUUCUACAACUGACAGAGAGUCCUUCAAAGCAAUCCCUACCUGGAAGGAGAAAGUCGUGACCGAAGUUGGAGACAUUCCCACAGUUCUUGUGCAGAAUAAGAUUGAUCUUCUUGAUGACUCUUGUAUAAAGAAUGAAGAGGCAGAAGCGCUGGCAAAAAAGCUAAAAUUGAGGUUCUACCGAGCAUCUGUGAAGGAAGACCUAAACGUAACUGAAGUUUUUAAGUAUUUGGCUGAUAAAUAUCUUCAAAGGCUCAAGCAACAAACAGCUGAAGAUCCAGAACUAGUACAUACAAGCAGUAACAAGAUUGGUGUUUUUAAUACAGCUGGUGGAAGUCACUCCAACCAAAAUUCUAGCACUCUUAAUGGUGGAGAUGUCAUCAACCUUAGACCGAACAAACAGAGGACCAAGAAAAACAGAAGCCCUUUUAGCAACUGCAGCAUACCUUAGACCACUUCUGGAGGAAGAAAGCCCGACCCAGUGAAUUGGAUGAAGUUGUGCAAUUGAGUACAGAAUAAAGCCAGCUGUAGAGGUAUUUUUACCAGUGCUUUAGCAAAUCUUGUGCCUAUGGGAUCCUUGGUAGAGGGUGGAUUUAUAUAAACUUGGUGAUGCAGUGUUUUUGGUGUGUAGAGUGAGACACCUGGUGGCAAACCACAGAACCGUGGCUGCCCCGUGCACUUUGUAAAAAUUA